AGUCUCUGUGCGACGCGCACGGCCUCUGCGUGUAAACACAGUAAUAAGAAGAAAUGGCCGACUAACCAGAGAGGACGCCGUUGUUUCCUCUGGAUGGACGACGCAGGCGAUGUUCAACGCUAGAGGAACACAACAAGCCAGGAGUGUUGGGCAGAAACACCAAGCGAACAGGAAAAGAGCGAGUCGCUUAAGAACGAAUAAUAGGACGCGAAAAAGAGUCGCUGUCGUCAAUGGCUCGCGCUGCACUCGUUGGCAAACAAAUUGUAGUGGAUAAUGGUUACACUUUAUAUAAGUUACUCCAGCGACGAGAGAGCGACUGAACGUUGCUGACAAUACACACCGUAAUAAUUUUGUUUAGACAAUAAAAGUUUCAAUAUGGAAGACUUGCAAGAAUACUUGAUGAAGUUUGAGCAAGAAGGCUGUGUUGUAAUUCCGAAGUUUCUUAGCACUGAGGAACUCUACCAAAUCAAGGAUGAAAUUGCUAGACUCAUUAACGGUCUUGAUGUCUCAAAACAGGAAAAAGCCGCGUUCAAAACGACAUAUGACCAGGUGAAACUGCACGACGAGUAUUUUUUAAACUCGGCCGACCGUAUCAGCUUCUUCUUUGAAGAGGACGCUUUAGACAGCCGAGGAAACUUGAUUGUUCCCAAAGACCGAUCUCUGAACAAAAUUGGUCAUGCGCUUCACUGGGAUUCACCAGUAUUUCGAAAAAUAUCAUUCAAAUCACCGAUCAAGCAGUUGGUGCGUCGUUUAGGGUUUGUUCAGCCAGCUAUUGUCCAGUCAAUGUAUAUCUUUAAGCAUCCGAACAUUGGCGCACAAGUAACUCCCCACACGGAUCGCACCUUCUUGUAUAAUGACCCCUGCAAGCUUGUUGGCCUGUGGUUUGCGAUCGAUCAAGCAAUGCCCGAAAAUGGCUGCCUGUGGUACAUCCCAGGCUCACAUAAGACCGAAAAUGUAACGCGUCGUAUGGUACGUUCUCAAGGUGAAGGCACGCUGCUCAAGUUCACGGGCGAACAGCGUAGUUUUCGUCCUGACGAAUUUGUCCCGGUAGAAGUUCCUGCUGGUGGGCUUGUGCUUAUUGACGGCCGUGUGGUGCAUAAAAGUGAACGAAAUUAUUCAGACAAACCCCGGCCUGCAUAUACCUUCCAUGUAAUCGACAUCCACGAAAGUGAUUACGCAUUUGAUAACUGGUUGCAGCCAACAAAGCGACUGCCCUUCACGAAACUAUACGAAAACUAAAAUUAAAAUGCAAAAUAGAUAAUUUAUUUCAUAUGUGAAAUAAAUGCUGCAAAUAUA